CCCAUGUUAAUCGAGUUGCUCGCCAAUUUGUGUUGCGCUGGAAUAUUUGUUUUUAUUUUGUUAUUAAAUUCUUAAAUUUAUACCAUUCAUGGACCUCUGUAAGUUAUGUGUGCAAAAUAAAGCUGGUAGUACAGAGCACCUUGACGAAUUCAAACAUGCAACCGAGCUACUGCAGCAUCUGUUUACAUCGUUUCAAAUCCAGGCUGAUGUCCAGGAGUUGAGCACCUGUGCAUGUCACUCCUGCAUGGCUGAAGUGCUCAGCAUAUGGGAACGAUUGCAAUGCUGGAGCAACGCACAACAAAACCAACUAAACGUCGGAGAUCUUGCACAGCCCGUUACAAUUAAAACAACGGAACUCCACGAUGAGAACAGUGUAAACGAUCUGGAGUCUGAUAUUGAGGAUGUGAGUGGGGAACUGGAGCUGUUCGACGGCGAUGAAGAUUACGAAACGCUCGACGCGCAGCUAUGUCCGGAUGUAAUGGAUGAAAAUGCAGAUUGGGCGGAUGAGCCGCCAGCUGACAACAACUUCGCCAUCGCCAUUGCACAUGACGGCGUCGUUCUGGCCAAAGCGAUACGCAAUGAGGGACUGUGCCCUGAACUGAUAUGCUAUUACUGCAGCACAGUGUUCAGCAGCACAGCCAAAUUGCAGACGCACAGCAACAUGAGCCACAAUCUGCGAUACUAUGUGUGCCGCAAGUGCGGCGUUAGCUUCGAUAGCGCCAGCCUACUGCAGCAGCACGAGCGUGUCUCGCGACACGAAAGAAAACCCUCAGAGCUGGCAGACGAGGGCUCCGUUGAGUUUCGUUGCCAAGAGUGUGGUUGCCUAUUCGAUCGUUACUUCAGCAUGGUGAAUCACGAAAACCAGGUGCAUCGCGUACGGGAAGAUGAAUUUAAGUGCCGCGAAUGCGGCUCAACAUUCAAAUUUCAAAUCGCCUAUAAUCAGCACAUUAAAAAGCAUCUGAAUAGUAAAAAGAAUCCCAAUGCCGAGCUACUGAAGCAAUUUUCCUGCAGUUUUGACAGGUGCGAAAAGCGCUUUGCUUGUCGUUACCAGCUAUUGGCACACGAGCGCAUGCACCUGAGGAUCUACCCAUGUGAGAUUUGCGGCAAGCAGUUUAGCUAUAAGUCAAACAUGUCGCGCCAUCGGCGAACAGUUCACAUGGACGAAUGCAGUUUUUAGGCCUCAGCAUGCAAUAACAAUAACUAUAUAUAUAUACGGUGUUAGUUCUCUUAAUCAACAGUUUGCCAAACUAGACAGCAGAACAAGCUGAGCCAAAUUAGUAUAAUUAUAAAUGAAGUAAGCUGUUCUGUGCUUGUCCGCUCAAGAGAGAUUUCUAUAUAUGUCUCAGCCACAAAAUAAAACAGAGCAGCUGCACAAAUUCAAUUAAUUAUUAUAACAAUUUUCUCCAGCUUUACGGGCGAAAAGAAUAAAACACAAAUUUCUUUCGGUUUCUCGGAAGUACAAAUUAAAAAUGUAAUACAGUUUUUAUUGCCAGAAUUUGGAAAAUAUUGCUAUCGUUGGUUGCACACAGAAAUAAAAAAAAAAAAUAUAUGUUUGGGGGGAAUCGACUAUGAUACGUGUAAUUUGUUAUUGUUAUUCUUGAUUCUUGAUUGAAUGAAAGGAGCGUUAAAUUUUCUUAGUUUGGUUCGGUUUUAAGUUCAAGUUCAAAGUCUACAAAUUUCCAUUUUUUGAUAUUAACUUUUUUUUUUUUUUUUUGGACGUUUUACAGUUGAAAGAAACUGAUCAAAUGCAUAGCAAAGGUAUCUUAAUUACCGUUUCGUUGAAUACUUGGGCGGUACGUUUAAAAAUGAAUUUUGGGUCUAGUCCUACGGCAAGUGUAGAGCUUCUUGUUGUGUGGCAAAUAUAUUUGAUUUUAGAUGUUUUGUAGACACAUAUAUACUACGAGUAUUAUCAAGAGUUUCGUAAUCGUUCGCCCAAGUAUUUUCGGAUUGUUUCUCUUAAAUAUAAACUUAAAUGUUUUCGGUUUGUGUUUGGAUGUUUCUUGUUUUAAAUGGGUUUUAUCUGUUUCUCCAGCAGCCUGUUCACUAAAGUUAACUAUUUGUUAUGUCUAUUGAUUGUUGAAACAUAAACUAUAUGUAAAUGUAGGAAGAUAUACUCGUAGUAUUUGUAAAAGCUUUUGCUUUCCGUGUUGCACAUUACAGAACAUAAAAUAUUAUUUUUCUACUGUACUUAUUGUUGUUACACAAUUUAAGAUUUAAUUCCUUUCAAUAUCAAUUGUAUAGUGCUGUAACGUUGUUUCUGAAUAAAUUUGGUUUCAAUUGAGAAAUUUUA